AUGAGAGGAUUAGAGUUCGAUGGAGAGGUUGAGGCGAUUAAAGUUACUGUGACCCAUUUGAAUGCUCGCCCUUCCCUUUCUGAACAGUUUUUCAUAUUCUCAGACUUUCAAGCAGCAAUACUGGCAAUUGCUAACAGUUGCCAAGCUCCUGCUUCUACAUCUGUUACGAAAUGUAGAUCCUUGCUAUGUGAAUUACAUGAAAAACAUAAAAUGAUCAUUUUGCAGUUGAUUCUUUAUCAUUGUGGCAUCCCCGUAAAUAAAAGAGCAGAUGAGCUGGCCAAAAGAGCAUGCAGUAUUAUUCAAGUUUCAGACGGCCAGGAUGGUUAUAAGCAUGUAUCGUCAAAAAUCAAUAUGUCCUUCAAGACCAGGCAACUGCCACAACUAAAAGAAAGAACAAGAGAUAAGCUAUGA